UCUAGACACUCCCGAAGCUGACAGCUUCUCCAUUUUCCCUUCAUCUUCUUCUAACCCGCGUUCAUUCAUCUUCUCGGGCGCAUUCAUUCAUUUUCAACAUCCUAUACUUCCUUCUAAUCACAAUUCUUAUGGCCAAUCGACGAAACCCUAGACAUCUUCACCUCAAUAUCAUCUUCCAAUUACUCGCCCUCCUCUCCCACUCUUCUGCUCUCUUCUCUCCUCCCGACAACCACCUCAUCUCAUGUGGCUCCCUUACCCCCACCACCCUCGAUGACCACCGCAUCUUCCUGCCCGAUGCCAGUUGUCUCAUCUCCGAUAAUCCAAUCUCUAUCUCCGCAGAUGCUAACCCCCCUCUCCAAUCCCACACAUACGCUUCUCUUUACAAAUCAGCUAGGGUUUUCACGUCUCCUUCCUCUUACGAGUUCCACAUCAGCAACAAGGGCACACAUAUCGUCCGCCUUCAUUUCUAUCCCUUCUCCACCCACAGCCACGACCUUGCCUCUGCUCAUUUCCAUGUCGUGGCCUCUGGCUUCGUUUUGCUCAGCAAUUUUACCGCUUCUUCCGACUCUCCGAUGAAGGAGUUCAUCUUGAAAGCAGACGCGGAAAAGCUCGUGAUCUUCUUCGUGCCAGUGGAUUCGUCCUCAUUUGCGUUUGUGAACGCCAUCGAAGUCAUCUCUGCGCCAGCAGACCUUGUAGAAGAUAGGGCAAGAUUGGUUCAAGCUGACAAAGUUCUGAGUUUUGAUGGGUUAUCGAAACUGGCGAUGGAAAUCCUGUUUCGGAUCAAUGUUGGGGGUCCGCAUGAAAAUUUUGAUAUCUCCUCUGCAACUGUUCAAGUUUUGGCUUCUCCUUACUAUGUGGACUUUGUUGCUGAUGUGGGCAUUUCAGACUUUUUGUUUGUCAGCAUUGGCCCUUCCAGGUUCGUUGGUCAUUCGAGGGUUGAUGGGUUGCUGAAUGGACUGGAAAUUAUGAAACUUAAUAACACCGUUGGAAGCUUGGACGGUGUGCUUCCAUUUGCUUUGGUUUUACAUAGUUCACGAGGUGGCUUUAGCACAGCUAUCCGUUCGCUUAUUUGUUGGUCUGCUUUUGUCAUGUUGUCGGCUGUUGGGUUUAUGUUAAUAUUGAGAAGGAGGGCUGAGUCAAGAAACCGCAUUGCAUGGUCUCCUUUGCCGAUGGAUGUUAAAAUUGCAAAAGGAGGCCAAUUUGCAUGAGGAGAAGUCAUCUUCUGCCUAAGGUUUCUCUUAGGGCCUAAUAGGUCAGAGUUUGGCUAGUUGAUCUGUUGGUUUUGUAAGUUCCUGAUAAAUAUCUACUUUUGUGAUCUAGAAGAGUGGACUUUGUGAAAGCUAAAUGCUCUUUGUAGGAUGGUAAAGUCACGUUUAGCUUAGGGUGUGCCCGCACACCCCACCUAAUUUUAGAUUUCUGCCACUUGCUAUUUCUUUUAAAGCAUAUAUUGAUGGAAGCUAUUGAUUUUGUGUUUU